CUCAAGUCGAAGUCGCCGUUUCGGACACGGCCUAAAUGCGUAGGAUGGCGCUAUAUAAUGAGACCGUUAACUAAACUAACCAAUACAACAUUAUUUUUAUACUUUAUGGUUAAAAAGUGAAAACUUGAAAAAUACGAUGUGAUUUGGAUGCGUGCCUGAGGUACUUCAGUUGAUGUUGCAGUGGGUCAUCUCUGACCAACAAUUCUGGGCAAUUCUGUCAUCAUGACAACACAGCUAUGUUUCAACCAGUCAGAGGCAGUCGAGCUCCAUGGUCCCCAUGGGCUGUACAUCAAACCUAUCGCCAAGCUCAACAUCUCCGUAACGCUGCCGCAGAUGAAGACAGAAGGGAAGUCCAUCAGCAACUGGGAGGUCAUGGAGAAGCUGAAGCGGAUGGCCAAGCCUGAUUCCUUCCUGGUCCUGAGAGUCAGCAAGAGCUCCCUGGAGUUCCUCCGCUUUGAGGCUGAGGUGGAAGCCAAAAGUCUUAUCAAAGUCCUGAUCCUUAGACUCGACGGGAAGGUCAUCAAGCUCAGUGGAUUCCCAGAGCCGCUCAAGGUCAGAGCAGCUGAGGCGAAGAUAAACUUCCCCAACCGUCACGAUUGGGACUCGUUCUUCCGCGAUGCCAAAAACAUGAAUGAGAGCAAUCACGGCGAGCGACCAGAUACAAUCAAACUGGAAGGCUUACCUUGCAAAUGGUUUUCCUCAACGGCAGAGCCAGACAAACCCAGUGAGCUGAUCAUCAAGAAGAUAUUUGAGCUUUUCGGGGAGAUAAGAAACGUGGAUGUUCCAAUGCUUGAUCCGUACAGACAUGAGUCUCAGGUCAUCGGGGGAAACUUCAGAACGUUUUCAUCCUUCAGUACGCUGACAUUUGAAGUCUACGUUCAGUAUAGCGAGUACAUUGGAUUUGUGAAGGCGAUGGAUGCUCUGAAGGGCAUGAAGCUACUGAAGAAAGAAAUGAGCUCGGAGGAAGGGAAGGAGGGCAAAGCCUAUACAGCAGACAUCAAGGUUGAUUUCGACAAAACUCGUCACAUGAGUGCCAAAGCCAUCCGGAAACGAGAGAAAGAAAGAACGAGACUGAUUGAACUUGAGAAAGCCAGAGAAGACCAGAAACGCUUAGAAAGAGAAGAGGAAGAAAAGAAACUGGAAGACGAAAGGAGGAGGAAAGAGCAGGAGGAGUUGUACAAGAAGCAGCGCAAACAGGCCAAGCUGACACGGCGCGAGGAACGGAGGCAGCAAAGAGAAAAGAAACGAAGACGAAUUCAAGAGGAGAAGAAGAGAAUCAAACAGGAGGCAGAGUUGCAGCGUCGGAUAGCGCUGGAGGAACGCAAGCUUCUCAUAGCACUCAGGCAGCUAGAGUCAAUCAGGUUGCUGACUGAGCUUCUUGAGAGAGUCAAGGUUGUGAGACAGCAAGAGGAGGUUCAGCAGCGUCUUGAGGAGCUAGAGAGAGAAAGACUGAGACAACUCGAAGAGGAGAAGCAACGGAAGGAGGAAGAAGAGAAGAUGAAGUUGAAGGAGGAGGCGAGAAAGAGGCGAGAGCUGAGACGCCGAGAGGCGCACCUCAAGCAGAGACUGACAAAGAACCUCAAGACUCGAGAGGAACAGGAGCAGGAGAAGAAGAGAGAAGGCCUCAGGCAGAAAAUUAGAGGCAGAUCUAGGCUUAAGUCUGCCGUCAUUCAGGACACAAAGUUUCGUCUCGAUGACUACGAGGAGUAUGAUCGGAGAAAGAGAGAGAAGAAUAAGAAGCCUAAGAUAAGAUCUGCUGUGGUGUACAAGACGAGGUAGCAUCACCUGCAUGUGUUGAGCGAGACUGCGUUUCAUCACAGAGAGAUAGUUUAAGAUAAGGGACUAAGAUAAAAUCUGUUGUGAAGUACAAGACAAGGUAGCAUCAUGAGCGAGACUAAUGUUUUAUCACAUAGAGAUAAAGGACUAAGAUUAAGGUCAGGUCUGCUGUGGGAAAAAUUUGCUUAGCAUGAAAUUUCUUCCUUGAUAAAAACAAGGUCACCAACCAAAUUUUAAUUUGU